ACUUUUAGAUCAGAAACUUUAGGCGACCUCUUCGCUUCACGGCGUUGCGUUUCCCUGUCCUCGCUUUUGCGAGUGAGUCUUAGUUCAUAAACCCCCCUCCCCCCAAAAAAACCCCAACAAAUAACAACACUGCGUGAAGCUUUAAAGCACGCAUCAUCGUCCCGAAAAGCUGCCGAAAUGUUGGCAACGACACGCUUGAGCGAUAAGGUCGCGACCUUGACCUGAGAUGGCGGCGAGGUGUUCUCUCGUCAGGUUUUGCUGUUACUAGCUGGGCUAGAGAGAAACACAGGGCUAGUAGACUUUAUGACGGAAAGCUGAACUACUUCUGUAAAACUUCGUGAACUGACUCGUGUGUGGAUAGCAAUUGCAAGAAUGUUUCGCUCUGAGCGAGUAGUGACGAGGACGGCUCGAAAGCUUCUGCAGCUGCCGAGCUCGGUUGAGCCGCCGCUGUGUCGACGAUGGAAGGUUUUGACAGCUGCCAACAUCAACCCUCAUGUAAAGAACAUGGAAUACGCUGUGCGCGGACCGAUAGUCAUCAGAGCUGGGGAAAUUGAGCAAGAGUUGAAAAAGGGAAUACAAAAGCCCUUUGAGGAUGUUAUUCGUGCCAACAUAGGGGACUGCCAUGCUACGGGACAAAGGCCACUCACCUUCAUCAGGCAGGUAAUUGCCCUUUGCACAUACCCAGACCUAAUGAAGAGCUCUGAUUUUCCAUCUGAUGCAAAGAACAGAGCUCAGCGUAUCCUUGAUGGCUGUGGAGGAAAGAGCAUAGGAGCAUACAGUGACAGUGCAGGAGUACGGGUUAUUCGUGAAGAUGUGGCACGCUACAUUAGCAAACGUGAUGGUUUUCCUAGUGAUGCAGAUAACAUCUUUCUCUCAACUGGAGCCAGUGAUGGAAUCAAGAGUAUUUUAAAGUUGGCCAUGACCGGAGAGUCUGGAAAUAAACGAGCUGGAGUCAUGAUUCCCAUCCCUCAGUACCCUCUGUAUACAGCCACCAUUGCAGAAUACAACGCAUAUCCUAUUGGUUACUUCUUAACUGAGUCCAACAACUGGGCUCUAGACAUGACGGAGUUGCGACGUGCAAUCACUGCUGCUCGACCCAACUGCCAGCCACGUGCCAUUGUAGUUAUUAAUCCUGGAAAUCCUACUGGCCAAGUAUUGACUAAAGAAAACAUCCAGGACAUCAUUCGCUUUGCAAAGGAAGAGAAUUUACUGAUCAUGGCUGAUGAGGUCUACCAGCACAAUGUAUAUGCAGAGGGUUGUGCUUUCCAUUCCUUCAAGAAGGUAUUGAUGGAGAUGGGACCAGAAUACAGUACCAUGGAGAUGGCUUCAUUCAUGUCCACAUCUAAAGGCUAUAUGGGAGAAUGUGGUUUUCGAGGUGGUUAUGCUGAGGCUAUCAACUUUGACCCUGACGUGAAAGCUAUGCUUGUCAAGUCCAUUUCUGCCAAACUGUGCUCCUCUGUUUCAGGACAGGCUGUGAUGGAUGUGGUUGUCAACCCUCCACAGCCUGGAGAGCCCUCCUAUGAAGUUUUCAAAAAGGAGCAUGAUACAGUGCUGGGGCAGCUGGCUGAGAAAGCCAAGAUGGUUACAGAGACUUUCAACUCCAUUCCAGGCAUCACUUGCAAUACUGUGCAGGGGGCCAUGUAUGCUUUUCCCAGGAUACACCUGCCAAAGAAGGCAAUUGAUGCUGCCAAGGUAAAGGGGCAGGCACCAGAUGCAUUCUAUUGUUACAACUUGCUUGAAGAGACUGGAAUCUGUGUUGUGCCAGGAAGUGGUUUUGGUCAAGUGGAAGGAACUUACCACUUCAGGACUACUAUCUUGCCCCCAGUUGAGAAACUUGGAGAAAUGCUGGCUCGAUUUCGGGACUUUCAUGUUCGCUUCAUGGAUAAAUAUUCUUAAUCUUAUUCCUAAAAUUCUUAAGGAGUACAUGCAUGGGGGUGUAACAUCAUUGUUAAGGCACAUCAAAGGAUGUCAGACAUAAAAAAACGGAAUGGAAGAAGUGGGGCAGAUGGUAUGGCUACUGACUUUUUUUUUUAAAAUCUAUUGUGCGACAAUCACUAGCGUUUCUAGAUAAAGGUGCAUGGGCAUCCAGUGCAACACAUAUUUUUAAGUCUUUUUCACUUUUGAAAGAUAAGAGUUUUUGGGGAGUAUUUCUUUACCAUUAAUGCUUAAUUUAGAUAAUACUGCUUUUGCUUAUUUUGUAUUAUCAUCUGAUUUGCUGGACAGUUCCAAGUCUUUGUUACUUUCUGGUUAUUUUUACAGUUUAUGUAAGAUUAAUUUUUAAAAAUUACAAAAAAAUUUGGGCUUAUCAUGUGGAUCAUGAAAACCUUUUCACUUUAUUGAUCUCACUUACCGCCCAAUCUUCUAGAUUAUUUUGGAGUGGUGUACUGCAUGCAAUAUUUUUCAAGAAAGAAACAAUAUGUUUUCAAUGAUUUUGCCAGUUGGAUGUGAAAGUAAGUGGAAAUUUGAGAGUAGAGUCUGCAAUCAUUUCAUUAUGCAUUCCACAGUAUAAAUCCAGUCAAAGAUAUCCAUUCUUCAAAUAAGAGAUUACAAAUGUCUGUACCCAAGGAGUGAGCACAUUUCUGGGUAUACCUAUAUGUAAAGUCGUUUUCAUUAGGUAUGAAAGACCUUCCUACAGUUGUUAAUUUUUUUAAACAAAUUUAAUACAAGUUAAAACUUGAUGCUAAUGACUGGCAGCUGUUGGUCCAUUUCUUCUCACCAAAUGUGGAUGAUCAUUAAAGGCUGCAGCAUUGUUAUCUUUGAAGAGUUUGACACAUGCUACUUGUUGAAAAAGUCUUUUGGGGAUGAAUAUACAAUACUUUAUAAAUCCUGAUUGUGAACACUUUAGCAGGUACCAACCAUGAGGGGCGUUCUUAAAUUUUAUAAUGCAGAAUUUUGUUUUUAAGGAGAAAGAUCAGUAUAAUGGCAUAUGGUAAAAUAUAUCAAAAUAUCUUUAAUAUAUCUGAAAUACAUCCCACAGUACAUUCUUACAGUGCCACUUAAUACUUUAGUACAAUCAAGCAGUAACAGUAUGCAGAUUCAAAAGGUCAUACUACUCUCUAGAGCUGCAGAAAAGCAGUGUCACUAUGGAUGAGUAACUUUUGCAGAUAAAGAACAUUCCAGUUAGAUAUUACAGAACUAAAUUUUUAUAGUAUUUCAAUCAGUAAAGCUCUGGCUGACAAACGGAAAAUAACAUUUUUCCUUUAGAAGUAAAAGGAUCAAAACAAUGUUUUAAAGACUGGUUUGUUGAUUUGAAGAUGAGCCCAUGGGUUAAUACAAUACCAUGCUUUGUACAAAGAUAUUAAAUGAAACUUGGAAAGAGAUAUUAAUCUUGUAGAACGUAUUAAGACUGGAUUGUGUGUUGUGUAUGUGAUGGUUUGGAAACUGACAUAGAUCUGAUCUAGUUAUGUGAUCCUUAAUACUGAUGUUUUUCUGGUCCAUUUGGGAUCGUACUGUCAAUGAUAUUGAAUAUUAUAUGACGAUGAUAUUGAAUUUGUAGAUCUGUGUUUAGGCUGGGCUGCACAAAAGACUAUAUGGCCUUGUUAUAUGUAAGUUCCCAUAAACUCACAGGUUGUGUAGGCCUUACAAACACAUUUAUAAAAACAAAAGGAUAUACAAAUGCUCAUGAAGCCUAACUGCCAUUUAUUUUAACCAAGGAAAAUAGUUUCAUGAGAUCUAGUAGAUCUGUUUAUGAUUCACCUGACUGAAUCCUUUUGGUUGGAUGAUCUUCGUGUUAGAUAUGCUUUGAAUGCUUGCUAUUUCGAUGUGAUGUCAGAGUACUUACAAGAAUAUAACUGGAUGUUAAGUUUUGAGACUAUAAAUUUGUGUAAGAAAUUGUAUUUUUACUUGCAAUAUAUAUAUAUUCAUUAAGGGAUUUGUAAAGCUCACAUUACUUACUCAUCUUCAUUGCAAUAAAUAUGUCUAAAGAAGUUUCAAAGUUUGUGGUAAAGGAAUAGAUCUGGUAAGGAUUUAAAAAAUUAUUGCAGACUUGCUUAUGAAGUGAACAUGGAAAUUUAAAACCAAACCCAAAAUGCAGCCUGUGAAAUAAAUGAUAUUCUGUAUAUCUUCUUGGAUAGUACUGUUGUUCUGUCAGGAGAUUUGCCAGUUACCUUAAAUGAACCUCUGACUGGAGAAGAGAGACUGGUCCCCCUCCUUUAACUAUGUUCCUAAAGGUGUUUUCCUGUGGUUACACUGGGUAAUGAAUCAGAUGCAUUGAAGCAAACAAAAAAAGUCAAAGUUUUAUUGGUUCAACUGAUAGCAUUGCCGUCUUUCUGUUUGCCAUUUCACCCAGUAUUUUCACGAAUUCUACUGAAAUGAUGAAAUGUCAACUUCCACUGAAAUAAAAAUGUUAUGCAAAAUA